AGCAAUGAAUGUUGGCAGGGAAGAGGCUUCAGCACAAAGACAACCAGCAUGUUAACUGUGUUGGUCCCCUGGGAGUGUUGUACCUAAUCGGAGAAGGUUGGGAAGCUUUGGAUACCAUACAACAUCAUCAGCCUGUUUUACAAAAAUGUCUGACUUUGAAGAUUUCAGCUGGACAGUUGGACAGACCAACGUUUCUGAAAGCUACCAGCUGAACCCCACCAGCGUAAUUGUGUCCGUCGUAUUCUCCAUAAUCUUUCUUCUCGGAACCAUUGGCAACAGCCUGGUGCUUGCUGUGCUGUUGAGAAGCGGCCAGCUCGGAUACAACACCACCAACCUGUUCAUACUCAAUCUGAGUGUGGCUGACUUUUUCUUCAUCAUAUUCUGCGUUCCCUUCCAAGCCACGAUCUACUCGCUGGAAGGAUGGGUGUUUGGCUCCUUCAUGUGCAAAGUGGUCCACUUUUUUAUUAACCUUACCAUGUAUGCCAGCAGUUUCACCCUGGCUGCAGUAUCUGUUGACAGAUAUCUGGCCAUUCGGUACCCUCUGCGCUCCAGAGAGUUGAGAACCCCUUGUAAUGCAGUGGUUGCCAUGGUGGUUAUCUGGGGUCUUUCGCUGGUAUUCGCAGGGCCAUAUCUCAGCUACUAUGACCUGAUUGACUUUGCCAACAGUACUGUGUGUAUCCCAGGCUGGGAAGAGCAAAACCGUAAGGUUCUGGACACCUGCACUUUCCUGUUUGGCUACGUUAUUCCUGUGCUGGUUGUGAGCCUCUCCUACACCAGAACCAUCAAGUACUUGUGGACGGCCGUUGACCCUCUGGAUGGUAUGUCCGAAUCUAAGAGAGCCAAACGUAAAGUCACCAAGAUGAUCAUUAUUGUCACUGUGCUCUUCUGCAUAUGCUGGCUGCCCUAUCACGUGGUGAUAUUAUGCUAUCUGUAUGGAGACUUCCCUUUCAAUCAGACCACUUAUGCCUUCAGACUACUCUCUCACUGCAUGGCCUAUGCUAACUCUUGUGUUAAUCCUAUUGUGUACGCUCUUGUGUCCAAACACUUUCGCAAAGGAUUCAAGAAAGUCUUCAGCUGCAUCCUCAUUAAGAAAGGCAGAAAUAAAGUUCAUGUGGUCAACGUGGCUAACACAGGGCCUGGGUUUGAGGCAGGCUCCACAGAGGUAUCACAUAUGAACGAAGAAAACAUGCGACAGAACGAAUGUGAAAUGAUCAACAGGCCAAGACGAGUAGAGCCCAGAGAGCCAACAGUGGCCCUAAAUUCUCCUUAUCAGCAUCCGACUUGAUGAACAGCUCGAGUGGAUUAAGAGCAGCUUGCCUUACACAACAGACUUUGUAACAAUAUACAAAUACUGCACAUUCAUCAUCAAUUUAACACUAGAUUCUUGGGGAAAAUUUAGCGUACCUGAUCACAUAAUAUUCCUCAUUCAUACAACCAUUUAAUAAUACAUACUUAGACAGUGUUUGCUGUCUAUGUUCUAAUAAAAAGUUUUUUUUUUUUUUUUUUUGCAGAUUUAAUCAACCUAUCUAUGCCUUCAA